UAAACGCACGUAUAUGUGGUGUUUCUAGAGUUGUAUAAUGGCUCUUCUGCGCAGUGUUGGGCUUCUGGCUCUGCUGGUGUCGGUCCGGUGUCUGAACCGGGAGCAGCUCUUCGAUUACGGGAUCCGGUUUGGCGACCAGAUUCUGGAUUCUGGAACCGAUUCGGUUCGAGAGCUCGAGCUGGAGCAAACGCUCUUCUUCUUCAAAGGAAAGUUCGACAAAGUUUACGUCAGCACCAAUGGCUUCAUAUCUCUGGCUGAACCCACCGAUGAGUCUGAGUACUUGGGGAAGAUGCCGGCCAGUUUUGGUAUGAUUGCAGCCUUCCUGGGAGAUCUGGACACCACCGAUGGGGCCGGUCACGUCUUUUUCCGCCAGGAUAAAAGCCCUGAUGUGCUCCAGAGAGCCGCAGAGCACAUUGGCCAAGCAUUUCCUUCUGACGACGGGAUCGAACCCACUCACACCAUCAUCGUCACCUGGGAGAAUGUGGCGCCUCAGUCUGAACGAGGAAGAGGAGAUGAAUAUGAAUAUACAAGAAAUACUUUCCAGCUGGUUGUAGCAAACAUGGAGUCGGCGUCGUAUGCCAUCCUGCUGUAUCCAGAGGAGAGCAUGCAGUUCGGCUCCACUGUCAUGAAUGAUGAGGAUCAGCUGGUUGAAGUUGGCUUCAAUGAAGGGAAGGUGGUGGGCUGGUUCGGCUGGGGGUCCACUCAAGGAGCUUACUAUCGCAUCACUCAAGACAGCGAGGAGUCAAUAAGCGCUCUCGCACAGGAGACGAACUCGGGCCAGCCUGGCGUUUGGGUCUACGAGAUCGGCACAUCUCCGUUUUUCACCUCCAUCACACCUGGAGAGGUCACAGAGGUCACAGAGGUCACAGAGGUCACGACUGAGCAGACUAUGGUGGACACUCCGGUCCCCGAGCCGUCCGUCCCGUGGAAUCGACCUCAUGAGGAGCUUCUGACCUCCGAACCUCCGAAUGAAACGCUCGCCAGUCCAGAGCCGUUCGCAGAGUCGUCGACGCCGGACGAGCCUCAGUAUCGUUACGUUCAUCCACGACCGAAGACGCCUCAACAACAACAACCGCAAAACCCACAGGUGCUGAUCAUCGACGAGGACGAGCUGAACAUCGACGUGUUUUCUUAUAAUUACGAGACGUGCUCCAGUAACAAGCACAAGUGCUCUGUGUUCGCCGACUGCAGAGAUUACGCUGCCGGAUACUGCUGUCACUGCAAACCUGGUUACUACGGCAACGGCAAGGAUUGUGUCGCCGAAGGCAAGCCUCAGAGGAUGAACGGGAAGGUCAAUGGCAGGAUCUACGUCGGUGAUUCUCCGUCUCCUGUGGAGUUUUCUAACAAUGACCUGCACUCGUAUGUGGUGACUAACGACGGCCGGGCGUAUAUCGCCAUCAGCAGCAUCCCAUCCAGCAUCGGCCCGUCUCUGCAGCCCCUGCCGGCUCUGGGCGAAACCAUCGGCUGGGCCUUCGCUCUGGAGCAGCCCGACUACCAGAACGGUUUCAGCAUCAUCGGAGGGGUUUUCACGCGACAGGCCGAGGUUGUCUUCCAGCCCGGGAACGAGCGGCUGAGCAUCAGGCAGGAGUUUGGCGGCAUCGAUGAACACGAUCAUCUGCUGAUCAGCACCGAACUGGACGGCAGGAUCCCAGAGGUGCCUCGAGGAGCCACGGUCCAGAUCGAGCCCUACAGCGAGAUUUACCAGCACUCCAGCAACCUGAUCACGUCCUCAUCGCGGCGGGAUUACACCGUUAGCAUGCCGGACGGUAGCGUUCGCACACACAGCUACCUGUGGACACAGAGCAUCAAGUUCCAGAGGUGCCCACACGAGGAGGUCCUGAGCGCUGUGCCGGCGAGCCAACAGCUCAGCGUCGACCAGAUCUUCGUCAUGUACGACUCCAGCAACCAGCUGAUCCGCUUCGCCAUGAGCAACAAGAUCGGCUCCAUCCACAGCGGGAUCCCGGAGCAGAAUCCCUGUUUCACCGGGAGACACGGAUGCGACACUAACGCCUUCUGUCGUCCCGCUCAGGGAAAAGAGUUCAGCUGCGAAUGCGCCGCUGGAUUCAUUGGCGACGGACGGGUUUGUUACGAUGUUGAUGAGUGUUCAGAAAGCCCUCGGAUCUGUGGUCCAUACAGCAUCUGCAACAACCAGCCGGGAUCUUUCCGCUGUGAAUGUCUGGAUGGUUUUCAGUUCGCCGGCGACGGACGGACGUGUGUCGAGACUGAGCGUCCCGUGGAUCACUGUCAGAGAGGAACGCACGACUGCGACGCUCCCGAACGCGCCCGAUGCAGCUACACAGGAGACUCGUCUUAUAUCUGCUUGUGUCUGCCGGGCUUCUCUGGAGACGGACGGGCGUGUCAGGAUACCGAUGAGUGCCAGCCGGGCCGUUGCCAUAGCGAUGCCAUCUGCCACAACACCCAGGGCUCCUUCACCUGUCAGUGCCGGCCUGGUUUCCACGGCGACGGCUUCAGCUGCACACCUGGAUCCGAUGAAGAGCAGACGGCGUGUGAGCGUCACAGAGAAGCAGCUCAGGCCUCGUCCUCUUCCUCGGGCGGAUACUUCUUCUUCCGUCCGCAUCCGGCCGUCGGUCAGUAUGUGCCCAGCUGUGACGCUUACGGUGCUUACGAACCCCUGCAGUGUGACGCCAGCGUGGGUCAGUGCUGGUGCGUCGACUCGUCCGGACAGGAGCUUCCCGGAUCCAGAGCCCAACCGAGCAGCAGACCCAUGUGUAUUGAUCACAGUGUGGCUCCGCCUCUCAUUGGCCCCACCCCCAGAACUGACAUCAGUCCUCUGACUCCUGGAGCAAACCUCUUAUUUGCCCAAAGCGGCAAGAUCGAUCACAUCCCGCUGGAUGGCAACCGGAUGAUCAAAGACGAGUCGAGGACCGUUCUGCACGUACCUGGUAAAGUGGUGAUCGCGCUGGCGUUCGACUGCGUGGAGCAGAUGAUCUUCUGGUCUGAAAUCACUCAGCCCUCCAUCAGCAGAGCGAAGCUGCAGGGAGGAGAAACCUCGGUCCUCGUCACUAAAGAUCUGGGCAGCCCUGAAGGAAUCGCCAUCGAUCACAUGUCCAGAAACAUGUACUGGACCGACUCCAUACUGGACCGCAUCGAGGUGUCCAGACUAGACGGCAGUCAGCGCCGCCUCGUCUUUGACAGUGACCUUAUCAACCCGCGACCGAUCGUCGCUGACCCCGCCUACGGAUACCUGUACUGGUCCGACUGGAACCGAGACGGGCCCAAGAUCGAGCGCUCCGGUUUGGACGGCAGCGACAGGACAGUGCUGGUGCAGGACGGGCUGGGGCUGCCCAACGCUCUGACCUUUGACCCCCAGAGCAGGCAGCUCUGCUGGGCGGACGCAGGAACCCGUCAGGUGGAGUGUGUCGAUCCGUUCUCUCGUCUCAGGAGGAAACUGACCGAAGGGAUUCAGUAUCCGUUCGCCGUCGUGUCUUACGGCAGAAACCUCUACUACACCGACUGGAGAAGGGAAGCAGUGGUUGCUAUGGACCGUCAUGAUGGGAUGGAGGUGGAGGAGUUUCUUCCUCAGAGACGUUCACGCACAGGGUUUGUGCAGCGAAAUGGAGCGCCAUCUGGUGGUGAGAGACUGUAA